AUCCCACAUACAGCCGCCAUUCUGAAACCACGUAUAUUUGUCUUCAUUUCGCACCCACGUGAGUCCCAUGAGUUUAGCUUUUAGAAACGGAUGAUUUGAAACCGAAACCCCUGGCAUUAUAGUCCCCUCAUUGUAUCCACCCGGCAAAAUAAGCUCAGAGCAACAAUGGCAGAAGCAACAAAGAGGUAUGCAAUUGUGACCGGGGCAAACAAAGGGGUUGGAUUUGGCACAGUUAAGCAGUUGGCUUCAAAUGGGAUCAUGGUGGUGUUAACUGCUAGAGAUGAAAAGAGGGGUCUUGAAGCUGUUGAAAAACUGAAAGAGCUUGGCGUCUCCGACCAGGUGGUCUUUCAUCAGCUUGAUGUAACAGAUUCUGCUAGCAUCGUUUCCCUUGCAGAUUUUGUCAAAACCCAAUUCGGGAAACUCGAUAUCUUGGUAAACAAUGCAGGAAUAAAUGGAAGCAUAAUAAACCCUGAAAGCUUUAGAUCAGCUGUAAUUGGUAAGAAGCCUGAUGAAAUCAACUGGAGUGAAAUAUUGACAACACCAAGCUAUGAGUUAGCAGAAGAAUGCCUUAAAACAAACUAUUAUGGUCCCAAAAGCGUGACUGCCGCGCUUUUGCCCCUCCUCCAGCUAUCUGAUUCGCCUAGAAUCAUUAAUGUUUCUUCUGCUGCUGCUAAGCUAAUGAAUUUUCCAAAUGGAUGGGCUAAAGAGGUACUCAGUGAUGCUAACAGCCUUACAGAAGAGAGAAUAGAUGCUGUUUUGAGCGAGUUUUUGGAAGACCAUAAACAAGGUUUGCUAGGAACCAAAAGCUGGCCUCCUGCCUAUCCAGCCUAUGCAGUCUCGAAAGCAGCCUUGAACGCGUACACUAGAAUUCUGGCCAACAAGUAUCCAAACAUCUACAUCAACUGUGUCUGCCCCGGAUCUGUCAAGACAGAUAUGACCUUCAAUGUCGGCUUCUUAACCAUUGACGAAGGUGCUGAAAACGUUGCCUGGUUGGCCCUACUCCCCAGCGGCGGUCCUACCGGCCUCUACUUCAUCAAGAAAGAAAUAACACCGUAUUUCGUAAGUAUAAGAGCACUUUCACCGUGUGCUCCAGCCCGAAGGACAGGUGCAGGAAUAGGGCCAAAGAGCCCAAGUGAUGAAGCCCAGCGUGUGCUGACGAGCGAGCCCGAGGUAGAGGCCCGUGGAGAGCUUCAAAAAGCAUCGACAAUGGCAGAGGCGACGAAGAGGUAUGCAGUUGUGACAGGGGCAAACAAAGGAAUUGGAUUUGCAACUGUUAGGCAGUUGGCUUCAAAUGGGACCAUAGUAGUGUUAACUGCCAGAGAUGAGAAGAGAGGUCUUGAAGCUGUUGAAAAAUUGAAACAGUUUGGCGUCUCUGAUCGCGUGGUUUUUCACCAGCUCGACGUAACGGAUUCUGCUAGCAUUGCUUCCCUUGCAGAUUUUGUCAAAACUCAAUUUGGAAAACUUGAUAUUUUGGUAAACAAUGCAGGAGUUAUCGGAAGCAUACUAAACGGCGAAGCUUUUAGAGCUAUUCCGGGUAAGAAGCUUGAAGAUAUUGAUUGGAGCGAAAUAGCAACACCAAACUACGAGUUAGGAGAAAAGUGUCUAGAAACAAACUACCAUGGUACGAAAAGAGUGACUGAAGCACUUCUGCCCCUCCUCCAGCUAUCCGAUUCACCAAGGCUUGUUAUUGUUUCUUCUUAUGCUGGUCAAUUAAUGUUUUUUUCAGAUGGAUGGGCUAAAGGGGUACUGAGUGAUGCUGAGAGUCUCACAGAAGAGAGAAUAGAUGGAGUAGUGAGUGAGUUUUUAGAAGAUUUUAAACAAGGUUUGGUAGAAGCCAAAAAUUGGCCUCCAAUCCUUUCAGCCUACUCAGUCUCGAAAGCAGCCUUGAACGCUUACACCAGAAUUCUAGCCAAAACGUGGCCCAAUUUCUGCAUCAAUUGUGUCUGUCCUGGAUUUGUCAAAACAGAUAUAACCUGCAAUUCGGGCAUCUUAACCAUCGACGAAGGUGCGGAAAGCGUUGUCAGGUUGGCGCUACUCCCCAGCGGCGGACCUACUGGCCAAUACUUCAUCCGUAAAGAAGCGACGCCUUAUUAAGAUGUUGUAAGAACU